AUGUGCAUAAACGUUAAAGUCUUAUUAAUUACGAAUGCAUAUCAAGAAAUCGUACCUGAUAAUUUUCCAUAUCCUUGUCCGAAUAAAAAUUUAUGGAGAAGUAAAAAACCACCGACGAACGUACACGAAUUAAGACCUGGAGACGUUGACGUCAUAGCCGCAAUUGGAGAUUCAUUAACAGCCGGAAAUGGAGGAUUGGCAGAAAACAUGAUUGAAGUUUAUUUAAAUGAAAAUCGUGGAGUUUCUUGGUCGAUCGGUGGUCAAGGUACCUGGAGAGAAUUUUUAACCGUUCCUAAUUUAUUGAAAAUAAUGAAUCCGAAACUCGUCGGAUAUUCAAAAGGUGAUGGCAACACUUAUUCCCACAAUGCACAAUUUAAUGUUGCUUAUAGUGGUGCCAUGGACCAAGAUCUCAUCGGACAAGCACGAAGAUUGAUAACAAUAAUGAAAAAUGAUAAAAGAGUCGAUUAUGAAAAUCACUGGAAGAUGUUGACUGUUAUGAUUGGUACAAACGAUAUUUGUAGCGAUUACUGCCACGACAAAACUCAAGGACCGGAAAUGCAUAAAAAAAAUUUAAUAAAAUUAUUAGAUUAUUUAUAUAAAAAAAUGCCAAAGACUUUUGUUAAUUUAGUCGUUACUCCUUAUAUACCAUAUUAUACGGAAUUAAUAGAUCCGCCAUUUUUACAAUGUUUUUCAAUGAAAUUAAUGACAUGUUCGUGUCUUUUCGGUGGAUUUUUUCAAAAAAAAAAAUUACAAAUGGGGAUUUACAUGACGAAAAAAUUUCAAAAAAUUCAAAGAGAAAUCGUCGAAAGCGGUAGAUACGAUGAAAUUUACAAAUGGAUCCCCACGAUUAUUCUUUCGUGGCAAUAG